CGUUAUUUUAUUCGUUUACUAUUUGUCAUUGUGAUUUCUUUUUUCCACCGUUGCUUGCCCUGUAAUUCAAAAUCAACUAACUUGAAAUUUUUUCUAAGAUUUGGGAUGAAGUUUGGUCGGAUCUUGCUUUCUUCGCUCUCUUCUUAACCAAAUCAAUAAACCCAAUCCUUUCAUCUUUCAAAAAACUUGGGAAAAAUCCCUUCUGAACCCCAUUGUUUUCUGGAUUUGAUAUCGAAUUGGAGGAACGGGAAUGGCAGCAGAUUCAGAGUUUCAUGUUCUGGCUGUUGAUGACAGCAUCAUCGAUAGAAAGCUUAUUGAAAGGCUGCUUAAAACCUCUUCGUUUCAGGUUACUACGGUUGAUUCUGGAAGUAAGGCUUUAGAAUUUCUGGGUUUACAUGAAGAUGAUGGAAUCAUCAACACAAAUACUCCCUCUGUUUCUCCUAACAAUCAUCAGUGGUGUUUACAGGAAGUUGAAGUGAAUCUUGUCAUUACAGAUUACUGUAUGCCCGGCAUGACCGGCUAUGAUUUGCUCAAGAAAAUCAAGGAAUCUUCAUCUCUAAAAAACAUACCAGUAGUCAUUAUGUCAUCUGAGAAUGUACCUUCAAGGAUCAGCAGAUGUUUAGAAGAAGGUGCAGAAGAAUUUUUGUUGAAGCCGGUCAGGUUAUCAGAUCUAAAUAAACUUAGGCCCCAUAUGUUGAAAACCAAAAUCAAGGAUCACCAAGAACCAGAGAAACAAGAUAAGGAAGAAAAACAACAACAACCACAAUCCAACAACAACAAUAGAAAAGCAAUGGAGGAAGGGAUUUCAACUGAGAAAAUAAGACCUAGACUCAAUGGCAUAACUGCAAUGGUUUAGUGAUGUUUGGAAAAAUGUUAUAAAUUUUGCAUCUUUUUUACUAAUUGAAGAUUUCCAAUUUUGUUUUGCUAAUUGAACUCCACCCAAAAAAGUGUAAAACAACAAUAUGAUUUGAGAUGUGGUCUUAUGAAUAUCAAACCCAACAAUGGGUAUUACUUUUUU